GAAUCAGAUGAAAAUUUCCGGCUGUGUGUGUCUUUUGCUGACUCCAACUUCAAAUAUCACAGAUAUCUCAGCCCAGACAGUCAUAAAAUUCACAGGGCCAUUGAUGGACUGUGUGAGAAGUUUGAGGUUCAUUCCCAGAAACAAAAGGCUGUCGAUCUGAAAGAACUGACAACAUUAUUUUUAGACCAAACUGGCCUUGAUGGCAAGGACACUGGCAAGACGGAUGUUCACUAUGCCUUGCUAUCACUGAUCCUAAACCUGGCAGAAUCGCCCACAAAGAAAGACUUUCAUCGAAAGAAGAAGGAUAUUUUACCAGAAAAACCUGAUGACUUUGACUGGAAGAAUUAUUUGCUGGAUGAUGAGGAUCUAAACAUUAUGUCAUUUGCAUCUAGUGAUAGUGAAACAGACGAAGAAAGCUUACCAGAUACAUACGAGGAUGAAGACACAGACGAUGAUGAGAACAACAGAAAGAAGCUACAGCAGCAACUGCUGGCCGAGAGUGAUCAGGUAGCCCAUGCAUUUGGUGUUGGUGAUGGUGAUGGUUUUCUACCAGCACGGUCACAUGACCGUGGAUCAGAUGUUCUUAAAGUGGACACGACAGAUGAGUACCAACAGCUAGCACAGAUCUUGACUGUGGAGUACUGGAAGGGGAAGAGCAAGGAGGAGGAUGUGGUUGGCAGUCAUGCAGCAUCUAAUUUGGCCAGGGAUUGGAAGUACUACCAGUCACAGAUCAAUGAGUUCUACACGCCCCAGGCUGGGAUUGUGGUUACAGAGCUUCAGGUGGUUCGGGAGACCGUGUGGAUGUUAUCUGGAAUCACAGAGCUUUUCAUUUUCAAGUAUGAUGGCAAGGAGUUUAGACUGAACCCAGAUGUAUAUGUCAUGCACUUAACAGCGGAAAGUCUGGAGAGCUCGCUGCGACCUUUAAUGCGUAAAGCAACCCAGGUGUGUGUCCUACAGUCAUUUGUGACUGACAUUGUGUCGCAGGUGUGCAGCAGUAUCUCAUCAGGAGAAGCACAGUGUGUGCCCCAGACAUACCAGGCAUUUACUGGUUCCGUUUCUGCAUUCCUGGCGGAUUUCAAGAGGCAGCUGCAUAAAAUAGAGAAGGAUGUAAUGAAACAAGAAAGGGUCAUGUCCUUGGAAAGGCUGAUGUUCGACCUUAACCCCUGGCUUGCCAAAAUUCAGGUUGUGCAUGGAGUCUAUAUUUCUGGAAUUGCUUCAGUUGCGAGCAUUAGUGACAAUGAUUGCAGCACCAACAACUGUUUCAGGGCCUCAUUACUAUUGAAUGUCCUUUACCAGGCUGUGUUUGAAGCAGAUCUGACAUCACUUUGUGAUCAAGAGAGCCAGGCAUGUUUUUUGCUCCAAGUUUUGCUGAAAACAAGUGAACCAGUUAUUCAAAUCAUCAGUGAUUGGAUCAACAAUGGACAGCUAAGAGAUCCAGCUGGAGAGUUCAUAGUUCAAAGAAACAAGAAAAUCCUUUCUCUCAAUGAAACUUUCUGGGAGAAAGCAUUUGUUCCAAACAUGAAAUCCCCAUCAGAAGGACUGUCCCUACUGGACAUCACACUGCAGAAGCCAGGCAGCCAGGAGACAUUGAACAGGACCACCUCAAAGACAACAAAGAACCAGACAACACAUAGAAAAGUCUCAGGCAGCAGUAGCAGCACUGCCAAAUGUGAUCAGCCGGAUGUGUUUCUGAAGCUGGGUCCACAGUUUUUGCAGCCGAUUCUGAACGAUGCAGUUUUAACUGGCAAGUCUAUGGAGAUGCUGGAGACUUUAGGGAGAAUGGCAGAGGUGCUGGAUGUGGAUUGUGAAAUUUAUGAACGACCACCUUCAUUGUAUGAGCUGUUUAUACGGGACUUGAGGAUGAAGAUGGGGUUUGUAUCUGAGGAUCGGAGGCCAUGUUCUUUGAUAGUCACACCUGUCACUGCUUCAGAGAAAGAUACUGUAGUAGACAGACAGCUGAAUGUUCCUGGCGAGAAAGAUACUCUCCUUAAUAUCAAUUUUGCGACCAUAUUUCCUGAUAUUGAUUUGAAAAUUGAGGACAACAGGAAAUGUAAAACUGAUUUACUUCCAGAAUUGUCCAACAAUGACCUCCCUGACUUGCUGAGGUUAUGUGAGAGCUGCUUGUACCCCCAUGUCAGGUCUAGGUAUAAGAUCGUCUGCAGCAAGCUAGUGCAGAUUCUCAAGUCAGAGUACCACUUGAUGGACUGCAUCCAUGCCAUGCAGAGAUACUACCUGAUGUCCUCUGGAGAAGUAGCCUAUGAUUUCUACACACAUAUAUUUCAGAAGAUAAUGAACAGAGAAUUUUGGCACAGUGGUUCCAUGCUGGAGCUCUACCUGCACGAGGCAGUGGCCCCAAGAUUUCCCCAGGAUUUAUCAAAGUUGACAGUUACAGUGAGUACAGAUGUUAACCAGAAAGAAAAGAGAGCCAUUAAUCAGACUGAUUGUAUUCAGCUCAAGUAUAAG